UCAACCGAAAGAAGAGUUACGAUUUCACGCGUCGUUGAGGAUAGUAACACUCACUUGUAGGAUGUUUAAAUUUUAUUUCUUCUUCAAUGUUGUGUGUAUAUACUUGGCUAUCCGGAGUGCCCUAGCAGUUGAAAUACCCGAUCCAAAUGAGCAGAAGAUGUCGAGUUACUUUUCUGCCGGGAGUCACGAUGAUGAAGCACCAGGCAAGCGAGCCACAGCUAUGUGGUUUGGACCUCGACUAGGAAAACGGACUAUCCCUCAGGAAUUACAGGGCGAUAUGAUGGAUGAGAUCGACAGUAAUCCAUUAUUUUACAUUGGCGAAUCCCCAUACCGCUUGGCAUCGCAAAUCGCUCAAGGAUCUCCGUAUGUAGUGCUACUGGCAACCAAGCAACCCUUGAGGUCCCAACCGAUAUACUAUUCUCCCACGGCACCUCGUCUGGGACGACGUGACACGGGCGUGAAUGAGAACUACUCGAGACCACCGUUUGCCCCCCGGCUAGGACGCAAUCUACCAAUGUCGCCCCGGUUGGGUCGCUCUUCUUCCGCAGCGGAAGAUCUCGGAUACUAAAACCUCCUCGCACCCCGUAUUUUUACUGAUCCUCUGCGUCGCUGCAGUAAGCCGUUCUUAUUGGAGUUUUUUUUAAACGGCUGGAAUCCGAAUAAGGGCGGCCUACUGCGCUGUUGGUUGCUAGGAACCUUCGAGAGAAAGUAUGUGACUCAAGCGUUUUAAAUGACUGUGCUUAAAAAAAUAAAUUUGAAUAGAAAGACUGACGCUUCA